AUGGAUAUAAAUUGUAUUUUCAUGCUCGUUUUGGGCACUUUUAUCAUUGGAGUAAGAAGUAGACUGUCUCAACCCGAGGCAAUUCGUAUGGAUCAGUUUAUGACUGAGGUGAUGCGAUGUGCUCGGAUACCAGCAGCUAGUUUAGCCCUAGUUUCUAAUGGUGAAGUUGCUUAUACUAAUGGUUAUGGAACAGCUAACCAAAACACGAAUAUCAAAACCGGAAGUGAUACUGCUUUCUGUCUUGGAGCUGGCACCCAAACCUUUACAGCAACACUUUUGGCUAAACUCCUUGCAAAUCAGAAAAAUUACACAUGGGAGACACCGAUCACUGAAAUUCUUGGAAUUUGGGUUCGAUUUCAAGACACUCAUAGAACUAAAAAUAUCAACCUGAAAGACAUCUUAGCAAUGAGAACUGGAUAUGGUAAUUUAGACAUUAUUCCAAUUGCUAGAGCAAUGGGUAGAUAUAGACUAAUAUCAAACAUAAGAUUUACACCAGAAAUAGCCAAUUUUAGAGAAAAAUUUAUCCAGAGUGAUCUUUUAUUUGUCUUGGUUGAAGAAGUUAUAAGGGAUAUUGGUGACGAUACAUUUGAAAAGCUACUUAGAAAACACGUACUUGAGCCUAUUGGAAUAACCAGACCAUUAUUCCUCAGUCUAGAAGAACGACUGACUAAUGAUUUUGCUGGUCCUGUGAUGUCUUACAAUAGAAAUCCAUAUUCUAUACCAUUCUCGGCACUGAAAGGAUUUGAAGUUAUUGGUGCAGGAACAGCUUUAUGUCUGUCUGCAAAUGAUAUGGCCAAGUGGCUUCUCUUCAAUUUAGAAGAUGGAUUAAAUACAGACGGGCGUGAGGUUAUGGAUAAAAAGAUAUUGGGUCAACUGUUUGAGCCUUGGAUGUUUCGAACUGAGGACGCUGGUCCUAGAUCUCGUGGGUUUGAGCAACCUGAUAUACAAGUAUCUUAUACCAAAGAUUCUAAUACAUUGGGCUGGAUAAAAGGUCAUUAUAGAGGUUACCCAACUUUUACACAAGGUGGUGAUUUACCAGGUUAUGAAAGUCAGUACUCAAUUAUCCCAGGACGAGCAGUUGGUGUCCAUACAGCUAUAGUUGGUGACAACAGCCUGAAAGCAUACGCUGCCAAAUCUCUCAUCAAUAUCUUCGCUUUGGACAUGUUAAUUCAUGGUGCUCCGUGGUUCAAUGCCCGAAGUGUAUGUAAAAUAAUGGACGAUAUGACCGAGCACCUGACAAAACUAGAAAACGCAACACCAUCACCCACAGUCCACAAGUCUGCCGAGCCGCAACGUCCCUUGGAUUCAUAUAUUGGCGAAUUUAGACAUUUGGCAUUAGGCGAUUUACGAAUUCUUAGAAAUGAAUCAGAAUUUCUGCAUUUGAAGUACGGAUCUUAUGGAAACUUUAUCAUGCAUCCCACCUUCACUAAAGAUGUUUUCAUCCUUGAAUCCGUUCCUGGUUCAAUGUGGUACUUUACUCAUAUGGACAUUUUUCGAACAAAGGGACCCUGCUUGGCCAUUUUCAAUUCGUCGUUUACUGAGGAUAAAAUAGAAAGCGUGUAUAUUCCAAACUUUGAUACACAUACAAAGACUGUGUUUACUCGCAAUCUUGUUAUACCUGAACCACAAGAAGAAAUAAAUGUGUGCGGCACCGGAUGUAAACUGUUCACACCUCAGUCAGCAUGGUCUAUAAUUUUGAUGAUAUUUCUUGCGUUUAAUUUUCGUAUUUACAGUGUUUGA